AUGGGACAAAAGCAAGCAGAGGUAUACGACUACAUGCCCAAGUCCGAAUCCGCGUCCGGCGGCCUAGACUAUCCUACUUCCCACACGCUUGAACAUGGUCAACAGGCGGAGCAAGUCGUGCCACGUAAGCAUUUCAGCACGCUUGCCCUCAUUGGUCUUUCCUUUGCUAUUCUCAACUCUUGGACCGCCGCUUGCGCCUCCAUCAACCUUGCUCUCGGUGCAGGGGGCCCCGUAGGUGUCGUCUGGGGCCUCCUCGUCGGCACCCUUUGCGCUACCACCAUCGCCCUUUCGCUCGCAGAACUUUGCCAUGUCUUUCCCUCCAUCGGCGGUCAGUACCAUUGGGCCUACGCCAUGGCCCCCAAGUCUUGUCGUGCUCCUGUCGCCUACUUUGCCGGCUGGCUCGGCACCACCGGCUGGAUCGCACUCGCCUCAAGCGCACCUCUCUACGCAGGUUCUUCCAUCGUCGGAAUGGUCACCAUGUACAGACCUGACUUUAUCCCAAGCCCUUGGAAGAUCUUUUGCAUCUACAUGGCCAUCACCAUCUACUGCGGCAUCGUCAACAUCUGGGGCGCCGUCAUCCUCAACAAGAUGAACCAAGCCGCUCUCCUCUGGUCUAUCACUGGCGCUAUCGUCGUCUUUGUCGUCUGUCUCGCCGUUCCAUCGUCACAGGGUCACAUGUCCUCCGCCAGCUUCAUCUUCACCGACUUCGUCAACCUGACCGGCUGGCCCGACGCAAUUGCGUGGGGGAUAGGACUUAUCUCGGCGCAGUACUGCUUGGUAGGAUGCGAUGGUGCUUCUCACGUCAUCGAUGAGAUCGACCGUCCUCACAUCAAUGCUCCCAAAGCCAUGAUCUUGUCCUGUCUCAUCGGAGGCUUCUCCGCUUUUUUGGUCCUCAUCGCUGUCCUCGCUGGAAUCAACGACAUGGAGAGCGUCAUCCAAGCCGGCGCCGCAGGAAUCGUCGAAGCUAUCCUCCAAGCUACCAGGAACAAGGCUGCCACGCUUGUCUUGAAUCUCAUCUUCUUUGGCACCAUCGCCUUUGCCGGUCCGGCGCUCAUGAUCACUGCCAGCCGCAUGGUCCAAGCCUACGCCAACGACGGCUGUCUGCCCUUCAAGAACAAGCUGGCCUACGUUUCGCCAAAGCUCGAGGUGCCUGUCUACGCAGUGCUCUUCUGCUGCUUUUGGUACACCGUCUUUGGCCUCAUCCUCUUUGGCUCCGUGAUUGCGGUACAGGCCAUCGUCAGCGCCUCGGUGGUGCUCCUGCAGCUUUCCUACAUCGUACCCAUCGCCGGCAUGCUCUUCCGAGGUAGGAGGCGCAUCUUCAGUCCCUCGGAAAACGACGACGACGACGACGAGAUUACCAUCCCCACCGACAUCAAGUACACCUUGGGCCCCGUCUUCGGUCCGCUGGUCAAUACAGCUGCGCUGUGCUACAUUGCUGUCACCACGGUGCUGUUUUUGAUGCCCUCGUACAUUCCCGUCACUUCGGGCUCGCUCAUGAACUACUCUGUCGUUGUAGUCGGCACCACAACCUUGUUGGCCACCAUCAACUGGUUCGUCUUCGCUAGGAAGACGUACACCGGUCCAAAGGAUUUCCGAGAGGUGCUCGAGAGGGCUCAUCUGAGGCGCGCCGAAUAG